GAAUAUAUCCUCUGCUUUGUAGAUAUUCCCAUCUGAGCUGCACUUUUGCCUUUUUAUUUCUGUUUUUGGACACCUUUUUUUUAUCAUCCAGCCAACUGGAAUAGACAAAGCACAGUUGGUGCCCUGAGCGACAGAACUCUGGUAGGGGGCUGGCUGUAAAUUGACGUGGCAUGGAAAUUCUCCGCUAAAUUGUAGCAGCUUGCAUGUUUCUGCUAAGAUCAAGCCCAGCCUCUGGGAGCUGUAGCUCAAUCGUGAUGGGCUCAACCACCGUACAGAAAAAUGGAUAGAAAAAGUCUUCAGCUCCUUUCUUUGGACUCAAACGUUUUCUUUUUGAGUAUCUAUGGUUUAGCUGAAAAAAUCAAAGCAGUUAAGUCUAUAACUUUCUUUUUGCAGCUUAAACAACAGAAUUUGCUGCUCUCCCUCCCCUGUCCUGCAAUUUAAUUCCUUACAGAUUUUGCCAUGGGGUGCGGACUUAGAAAGCUAGAAGACCCUGAUGAUAGCAGCCCUGGAAAAAUAUUUUCUACUCUGAAGAGACCGCAAGUGGAAACAAAGACAGAAUUUGCUUACGAAUAUGUAUUGCUGGAUUUUACUUUACAAGCUUCACCAAACCCAGAAGUCAUCAAGAUAAAUUCAAUUCCAGAUAUAGUAACAAAAGUGGAAGAUUACUACCUUAAAGGCUAUAUUGUUGGGGCGAUUCAUCCUGUCCUACAACCUGUGUGGCAGCGAAAACACCUACCUGCAAGUUACCUCUACAGGGUGGUGCUAUGGCGCUUGAAAUUAAGCGCGAAGCACUCAGCAGUACCCAGUGGACAAAGACGCCCACGACUUGUGAUUGAGGAAUGUCCUCUAACUUAUGAGACACAAACAAAUGAUGUAGCAAAAGAACUGAUAGAAAAGAUUAAUGUAGCUUCUAAAAGAGGAAUGAGAUUCGUUGGAUUCAUAUCACAGCAUUGCCCACCAUUCUGCAACGGGACAGCCCACGAGGGAGACCGAGAACCUGCACUGCAUGCAAGACACGCAGCAGACGAAAACUGUAAGAGCUGGAGUGAAGGAACAGUAAGUGGGCAAUCCUCUGAAAGUGGAAUUCAGGAAGAAUUUCAUCACGAAAGUGGACAGUGUCAAAUGGAACAAGACGGCAGCCCCAGUUCCUCCAAAUCAAAAAAGGGAGAAGAUAACAAGUUGUAUAUAGUCUUCAAUGUGUUUGAUGAUGAAUCAACCUGCUGGACCUAUCAGGAGGGCAUCCUGUCAGUGAAAGUAACAAGAAAAGGAUCUGUCAUUAGUACACUUGAUGCCGAUUGGCUGGAGUUAACUACAUUUUAUUAUAAGCAAGGCUUAUCUUUAAUUGAUUCUUUUGUAUGCUGGGAAACACAUAAAGGGGAACAUUUGCCUAAGUCUCUGGAAGGAUUCUUUAUUUAUGAAGAAGAAGGUUCUGGAGUUCCAGGUUCCAGUAGAAAAGGAAAUGAUGCCAUCGUAGUAGAACAAUGGACUGUUAUCGAGGGCUGUGAAAUCAAGACAGACUACGGCCCUCUGCUGCACACGCUGGCUGAGUUUGGGUGGCUCCUGACGAGCGUGCUGCCUACACCUGUACUGAGACAUGACAGUGAAGGGAAUUUGGCUACCAAGCAGGUUGUGUUUCUUCAGAGACCGGUUAUAUGGAAUUCAGCAGCUCAAACACCAGAAAGGAAAGCCAGCCGGCACGCGAAAGGUGAAGACAGAGGCAAAGGCACCAGCAGGAGCAUUGGAUUGGACACGGCCAUGUCACAACCUGCAGAGAACAGAAACCUGCCCGAGGAGGGCCCCUCCCCCUGCCGAGAGUGCUGGAUGGAGGAGAAGCGGCCGCCCCCCCCCAGCGGCUUCGCGGGGUUCGGCGGCGCGGGCGUCCUGCGGGAGCUAGACGAGGGACAGUUUGACCAGGAAGAUGGAGCCACUCAGGUCACCUGCAUGUGAGCACAGCAGCGCAGCACAGAAGGCCUGCGCGUGAUUAUCAAUUGCUGCCAACUGACUGGGUUAUAUUACUUUCUCUGCAUUUAAGUAGUACUUUGAAUUUGUCCAGGCUCGGGCUUUCUUCUAAUCUGCGUAAACUUUGGCUCAACCCCCCAGACAAGGAAGAAUAACCCACAGAUUUGUAAAUUUAGACUCAUGUUUACACUUCUCUCAAAUAAAAUCAUCUGUUUACACAGAGGUCUCAUUAGGGUAUUAACUGAUGAUAAUCUACUUCAUUUUCUCAUGAAUGCACAUGGUAUACUUUUCUUAUCAUUCCUGGUAAGAAAACUAAAUAUCUCCAUCAGUGUUUUGCCUAAUUAGAAAGUUCUCAGGAAGUUAGUCUUACUUAAACUGAAAAAU